AUGUCUGAAGUGAAAGCGAAACUGCUGACGCAAGUUGCUGAGCCGAUGACCUCUUCUGGUAACAAGGUCACCGUUGUCGGCAUCGGCCAGGUCGGAAUGGCCUGUGCCUUCAGCAUUCUGACCCAGAACGUCUCUAGCGAAGUUGCUCUUGUCGAUGUGAACGCCGACAAGUUACAAGGAGAAAUGUUGGAUUUGCAACACGGUUCAGCAUUCAUGAAAAACGCCCAAAUCAGUGCAGGAACUGAUUUUACCAUUACGGCGGGAUCCCGGCUGGUUGUUAUUACGGCCGGUGUGCGCCAGAAGGAAGGUGAAAGUCGUUUGGAUUUGGUCCAGCGAAAUACCGACAUCUUGAAGGGGAUCAUUCCAAAGUUGAUUGCCCAAAGUCCCGAUUGCACUCUGCUAGUCGUUUCUAAUCCGGUCGACAUACUCACCUACGUCGCUUGGAAGUUAAGCGGUUUACCGAAGAAUCGUGUUAUAGGAUCCGGAACAAACUUAGACUCGUCUCGCUUCCGAUUCUUGAUGUCGCAAAAGCUUGGUGUGGCACCUACUUCUUGUCACGGCUGGAUCAUCGGUGAACACGGUGAUAGCAGUGUGCCAGUGUGGUCUGGAGUUAAUGUUGCCGGUGUCAGAUUGGCCGAAAUCAAUCCGACCAUCGGAACCGAUGCUGAUUCGGAGAAAUGGGGUGAUUUGCAUCACCAGGUCGUUAACAGUGCCUACGAGGUCAUUCGUUUGAAAGGGUAUACAUCUUGGGCUAUCGGACUGAGCGUGGCGUCACUAGCCUCAGCCAUUUUACGCAACACUUACAAUGUGCACGCCGUUUCUACAUUGGUUGCGGGUGAGCACGGUAUAACUGACGACGUCUACCUUUCUCUGCCUUGCGUCUUAGGACGUAACGGUGUUAGCCAUGUUGUUAAGCAGAUUCUAACGCCAGAGGAAACGAAGAAAUUACAAAGUUCUGCAUCGCUUAUGGCAAAGGUUCAGGCUGGAAUUAAAUUUUAAGCAUCACACAUAAUCUGUCUGUGUGUCUAUGUUAUUUAUUACUUAAUGUAAUGUUUUUUUAAACAAUAGGCAUAAA